AUGUCCUCCCAGGAGCAGGCCACGGCCACUGUGCUUCAGGCCCUCCAGGCCCUCUACCACGACCCAGACAAUGCCGCAAAGAAGCGCGCAAACGAGUGGCUCGAGGAGUUUCAGCACAGCGUCGAGGCAUGGCAGACGGCUCACACCCUCCUCACAUCGGCAGACGCCCCGCUCGAGGGCCGUCUGUUCUCGGCUCAGACGCUGAGGGCAAAGAUCCUCUACGACCUCUCGCAGGUGCCGCGCGAGUCACUGCCUUCGCUGCGAGACAGCCUCCUCGCCGCACUCGGCCCCUUGGUACAGCCCGGUGCACCUGCUGGCUCACGCGCCGUCCUGACCCAGCUGUCGCUUGCGCUCGCCGACCUCGCACUGCAGAUGCCAGAGUGGACCAAUGUUGUGCAGGGCAUGAUCGAUCAGUUUGGCAACGACCCGGCAACGGUGGUCGUCCUCUUACGCUUCCUGGGAUCGUUGGCAGAGGAGUCGCUCAACCCCCGCCUACCUGUGCCACCCGAGGGAUCCAACGUCUACGAUGCGCUCGUCAGUGGGUCCGCCGAAAAGGUCAUUGGUAUCCUGUCCAUGUACAUCCAGGCGUCUGGCAUUACUACGCAGAUCCAGACCGAGAUCUUUGAGACAGUGCGCAGCUGGUUGAGGGCGGGCGAGUUCCCCGUUAGCGUGGUUGCCCAGAGCCCCCUGUUCGCCGCCAUGUUCAAUGCGCUCGAGCCCGACACCUUGUUCGACUCGGCGGUGGACGUCAUCUGCGACCUCGUCCACGAGACACAGGAAAUUCAGGACAACAUGGACGUGGUCGAGAUGAUCCUCCCUCGCCUCAUUGCGCUCCGUCCCAAGCUGGACGAGUACACCGACGACCCAGACAGGAUACGCGGAUACUGCCGCAUGUUCUCCGAGGCCGGCGAGUGCUACCGCGACGUUAUCAAGAUGCACCCGCGCGAGUCGCUUCCCCUCGUCGAAGCCAUCAUGGUCUGCACGGCGUACCCGGACCUGGACAUUGUGCCCAUCACGUUCCAGUUCUGGUGGCUGCUCUCGUCCAUUGUCAACCGCUCCUCGGGCCUCCAGGGCGAGGAGAACUGGAUGCCUUACUUUGCCAUCUUUGAGACCCUCCAGACGACCAUUAUCGGUCACCUCCACUUUCCCCCAGACGAUGAAAAGCAGACGGCUCAGGAGCGUGACGAGUUCCGCACGUUCCGUCACCGCAUGGGCGACACUCUCAAGGACUGCUGUAAGGUCCUCGGUGCCCCCACGUGCCUGCGCAAGUCGUACGAGCUGGUCAUUGCCGCCAUGGCCAAGCCCAACCCAUCGUGGCAGGAGAUUGAGGCGCCGCUCUUCUCGAUGCGCUCGAUGGGCGCCGAGGUCGACCCGGAUGACGACGAGGUCAUGCCCCACGUCAUGGAGCUCCUGCCCAAGCUCCCGGACCACCCGCGCAUUCGCUACGCCGCCAUCCUCGUCAUUUCGCGCUACACACAGUGGAUCGACAGGCAUCCCCAAAACCUCGCGUUCCAGCUCCAGUACAUUUCGGCUGGGUUUGACAUGGCCGAGGACGAGGUCUCGGCCGCCGCGGCUCAGGCCAUGAAGUUUAUGUGCCAGGACUGCAACCGUCACCUCGUCCCCUUCCUCCCGCAGCUGCACACGUUUGUCACCACGGUCGGCGAAAAGCUGGACCAGCACGACAUGGUCGAGGUGUGCGAGGCCAUUGCCUAUGUCAUCUCGUCGCUGCCCGCCGCCGAGGCCGCCACGGCCCUGCAGCAGUUCUGCCAGCCCCUCAUCGCCGGCAUCCAGAUGGUCGCCAACGCACCCGAGGAGGCUCCCAAGCAGACGUUGCAAAAAGUCGCCGACGCCCUCGAGCAGAUCGACUCGUACCUCGCCGUCGUGCGCACCCUCGACCCAGUCCCCGAGUCGUGCUUUGCCACUGCCGCGAGCGUGUAUGCCGUCAUUGACACCCUGCUCGCGCGCUACGCAAGCCUGUACUACAUUUCCGAGCGCGUGGGAUCCAUCCUCCGCCGCGGCCUCACGUUCUUCCCCGAGGCAGCACUCCAGCCUGUGCUCCAGCCCGUUCUGGCCCGCAUGGCCAGCUCGUUUGCCGAGACGGGCUACGCCUCGUACCUGUGGAUCACGGGCAAGGUCGCGACCAAGUUUGGCGACUCUGCCCGUCGUCCCGGCGGCGAAAACCUCGCUGCGCUCCUGACAGGCGCGUUUGAGAGCGUCACAAACUCGCUCGCAAAGCUCCUCCAGGUCCAGACGGCCACCGAGAUUGCCGACGUCAUGGACGACUAUGUCCACUGCUUUAUGGCGUUUAUCAACGCCGUGCCCCAAAACACCCUCGCCUCGCCGGCCAUCCAGCUGGCCGUGUCGCACACCCUCGCGGCGCUCAUGUGCCCGGCCCCCCAGACCGUGCUCGUGUGUCUGGACAUGCUGGCGCUGCUCGCCCAGCGCGCGACGCACACGCAGUUCCACGCCCUCCUCCAGCCCGCAUUCGCGACGUACGCGAAACCCAUCCUCGCCCUCGUGCUCCCCGGCAUCGUCCAGGGCUUCCCCGAAGACGGCUUCGACCAGGUCCCCGUCAUCCUCCAGGCGACCGUCACCUCCAUCCCCGCCGCAGACGCCGAGGCGUAUGCGACCGAGGCGCUGGCGGGCAUCCCUGGAAACGCACUGCCAAACUCUGAAAAGGAAAAGUUUAUCGCCGAGCUGAGGGCGUACAUUGCCGCGCCGGCCGGGUCGGACCGGCUCAAGAGCGCGCUCCUCAACCUCCUCCGUGCGGCCAGGCGCGCGCGCGAGCGCGGUAGGCAGUCGCGCAAGUCGCUCGGCGCGGUCUAG